AUGCUUUUCUUUACCCAGUGCUUUGGAGCUGUGUUAGAUCUCAUCCACCUCCGCUUUCAGCACUACAAGGCUAAACGGGUGUUCGCCGCCGCUGGCCAACUUGUCUGCGUCGUAAACCCCACGCACAACCUGAAGCAGGCAGAGCUGCGUGCCACCCAGGUGACGCCCUGCCUGUGCCCCCUGUUCUCCUGCCAGUGGGAAGGCCACCUGGAGGUGGUGGUGCCCCACCUGCGGCAGACGCACAGAGUGGAUAUCCUGCAGGGAGCUGAGAUCGUCUUCCUGGCCACAGACAUGCACCUCCCGGCCCCGGCUGACUGGAUCAUCAUGCACUCCUGCCUCGGCCACCACUUUCUGCUGGUGCUCAGGAAGCAGGAGAGGCAUGAAGGGCACCCCCAGUUCUUUGCCACCAUGAUGCUGAUUGGGACCCCCACCCAGGCCGACUGCUUCACCUACCGCCUGGAGCUCAACAGAAACCAUCGGCGUCUCAAAUGGGAGGCCACCCCCAGGUCUGUCCUUGAGUGUGUGGACUCGGUGAUCACUGAUGGGGACUGCCUCGUCCUCAACACCUCGCUGGCGCAGCUCUUCUCCGACAAUGGCAGCCUUGCCAUCGGAAUCGCUAUCACUGCGACAGAGGUCUGCUCCUCAGAAGCCGAGAUGUGAAGUGACAGGCCACCGGAGGCUCACACACAGCCACCCUCCUCCAAGAAACUCUGCUUGUGCCCUUCAGAUCUCCAGAUUCCAGGACUCCACACUCCUUUUUAUUCUUCUUUCUUCACCACCUUCCCUUCCUUCCUUCCCUUCUUCCCUCCCUCCCUCCCUCCCUUCUUUUCUUUUCUUUUUUUUGUCUCAGGUGCUUAGGGGUAUCUAGUAUUUGUCUGCCUUGGGCAUUAUAUUAUGUAAACAUCCUGUGAUUCAAGAUCUUGGUGUAAUGUUUGUCCUGAUUAGUUGGAAUAGUUUUAUAGAACAUUUUUAAUUAAUUCAGUCAGAAUGAUUAUUAUCACCCCCCACCCCCCAAUUCCCUCCUCCAUGGCUUCCAAAAUGAGCAAAAUUCACCGAGACCACGAAGCAGACUGUUGGGGUUGAAAAGAGACUUGGUAUCCAAACCAUUUCUUCCUUCCCUUUUCAGUCUAUUUCAGGGCAAGCUAACUGAAGUGUGUGAGAACAGCAGGUUGGGAAGGGGACCUGGCCAGUUCAGAGAUAUAUUUCAGACCAAGCAGACACAACCUCAGGGUUGGAGCUGCGCUGCUGGAUGUGAGCAGAUGGUGUCUCCUCAGAAGGCCAGGCAGGGCCCAGGGCUGGAGGCGCCAUCACACAAUGAGUCUUCUGGUUGGUCCCAGGGCUCAGGGGAGGGGCAGACAGUGAGCCCCUUUGGCAGGCUGCUGUGGGCUUGCUCUCAGCCUGUGCCAUCUUUUCCUGCUCUGGAAUCAAAGUCCUCAUAUUUCUGGUGCUUUCUUGAAAAUCUCUUUGCCCUCCUCUGAGCAAGUAGUAAAAUACAAUGGGCAAGAUGUGGGGAAAGAGAAGCAGCUGAAAAAAACACGGAUAAAAUUAAUCUCCCACCUCUGGGAGGGUGUUCUCUACUCAGAGCGUUUUAUUAUCAAGUUAAAAAUCCAUCAGUCCUUUCACUAGCUUGGAGCACUUUUCUAUCACACAAAGAACCCCCUGUGCUCUUGGAACCUUAUAAACCAGAACCACAGCUCACCAUCAGAUAGGAGGAGCUUGGAAUCUGUGCCCAGAUCCUUGGACCUGGAGGGCUGGCCCAGGUCCUCAUACAUCAGGGAGGGUCCUCUUACCUUUCAUUAUUUUCCAAAUUGCUCUGAGGGCCCCAUUCAGCGCACAGAUGUUAUCACUGGUCAAGUGUGUAUUCGGCACCCUGCUGCAGUGUGACUGAAAAUCCAUGUUGCCUCUAGGUAGACGGCUUUCUCUUUUUUGGUUGUUAGAACAAUUUGUCAACAUCUUAUUGAAAUCUCUCAUGUAUUUGAAGAAAAUAGCAUGUUUAGUCAACUUGGUCUCUUCUGUUCAAGGUGGAAUAUCUGUAAUCUUUCCCCAAAGGCCCUCUUCUGCCUUCUUUUUGUCAUUUUUGUGCUCCCCUUGGCCACUCUCCAGUCACUGAAGAAGCAUGGCGCCAAACCCCACACAAUGCUCAUCAGAACCGAGUGGGCCUUUCGCCAACCAAUGCUUCACUCCCUCACCCCAGCCCCUUGGCUGGAUCCUGGAAGGCCUCCAAGUGAGUACUUAGUUUCAGGCAGCUUGCCUGGCUGGCCACCAGCAAUCUUUUCCCCACCAAAAAUAAUCAGCCCUGAAACACAACGCCCUUCCCUUAAUGACCAGGUAAUCCUCUAGCCACCUGUCUCACCCACCCACACCGCAAGCACAUGAAGGGUGGUGCCAGUCAACAGAAGAUUUAAUCACGAAGCCCCUCUAGUCACACAGUGAUUGCUAGGACCCUGGGGCUGAGGUUUCCUUCUUUUAGAGCUAUAAGGGGACCAAUAAAUAUUGUGUCACUGACUGAGAUAAGCAUCAGAUUACAACCUCCUUUCUCUUAGCUUAGUCAGAACAUCCUACCAGGGCACCAGUGCCCCCCUCAGACCAUACAGAUGAUUAAGAAUGGAAGCAAACUGGGGCCAGUUGAUCAGCACUGGAGAGACUGGCUCACCUGGCUUCUUGCUUUCUCCCAGGCCCUCGCCUGGAACCCAAGACCUCCUUGCAAGUCUGCUCCCUCUGGAAGCUACAGUUCCUCCCCGGUUUCUGCUACUCAACCGCUUUUAUAGCAUUUGUGUAGCAUCACAGGUGCCCAGAUAAAUAAACAAACAAAACCUCAAUUAGAGCAUAAUUAGUGUUCAUGGAGCCUUAGGACUCCUGCAAACAUUACCUCUGCCUUCUUGUGCCAAGUUACCUGAGCCAAACUGGGAAUGACUUCACAUUAUUGCUAUUGCUCACAAGACUGUCUUAUGAAUAAGUGACCCUAGCUAGGAACCGAUAUUUUUGAUUACUAGAAACUUUUAGCAUAAAGGGUAGAAGUGCGUUAUUUUUGUCCAUCUAUGGUGCUGUCAGGAAGGCCUUCUCUCCAUCUCUACAUGUGGAGAAUGGAAGCAAAAGGAGCCAACUGGAAACAGUGACAGAGACAAGAGAUUGGUUCCAAGAACAGGGACAGAGAUUGGUACCAACAAAGCACAUUGUGUUGAGCUUUACAGUCAUAAAGGGCUCCCUCAUUUGAGUCUCAGGUUAAUCCUCAUUAGUAUCCUCAGUAUCCUUAAAAAAAAAAAAAA